AUGAAUCCACCUGAGUUCAAUGGUUCUAAAGUAGAUGAGGAACUUAUGGAGUUAAUUGAUAAGGUGUACUGGAUUGUGGAAAUUAUAGGUGUGCCACCAAAUGAAAAGUCUGAGCUAGCGGCCUAUCAACUCAAACGUGUGGCUCGAGUGUGGUACGAACAAUGUGUUGUUGAGAAGGAUAAGGAAAUGAGGUCGAUUGAUUGGGAAGAGUUCAAAGAACAAAUUGAAGAAGAGAAGCUGAGAGAGAGAUCAAAGGGGUUCAAAAAUUCUAGAGUGGAUGUUGGAGGGUUUAACCCCCAAAUGUCCGAUUAUGGUAACAAUGGCAAAGGCCAAGGUGGGCAACGGAAGUGUGGGAAGACCCAUAAAGAGGAGUGCUUGGCGGGCUCAAACGCGUGCUUCAAAUGUAGCAAGCUGGGUCGUCAUGCUCGGGAUUUUAGGGGUGGUAGUGUUGGUAGGCAUCAAGGCCAAAUUGCUUAUGGAAAAUAA